AUGGCAAACCCCUUCAUCGAGCGGCCGAUCGUCGACCGCCUGCUCGCCUCACCGCUCGCCUUCUUCCUGCACCCCGUAUACAUCCUCCUCCUCCGCCUACGCGGCUCACCCCACACACCAUCGCCAACCUCACGCCCAAUCCGCGUCGUCUGCAUCUCAGACACACACACGCUCGAAUGGCCCGACGUUCCCCCCGGCGACCUACUCAUCCACGCCGGCGACCUGUGCAAUGAUGGCAGCGUGCGCGAGAUCCAGGCGGCGGUCGACUGGCUUACGGCGCUGCCGCAUGCACACAAAGUCGUGAUUGCGGGCAACCAUGACAGCUACUUCGACCCGCGCUCUCGCCUCGACGAAGACCGCGACAAGACAUUGGUGUCAGUUUCCGCGUCGACCGCAUCAAUCCAGUCCAUCGACGACUUUGACAGCCACCGCAUCGACUGGGGCGACAACAUCCACUACCUCCAACAUUCCUCCAUCACCUUGACUUUUCCAGACCCCGGAGCUGGAGCUGGAGCUGGAGCAGCUGCUCGAUCUCGGAAGCUGAAUAUCUACGGCGCCCCCCAGAUCCCGACCCCAAUGUCGAUGGGCCCCGAGCAUGCAUUCACCUACCCACCCUCACAAGACGCCUGGAGCGGGACAAUCCCGAUAGAGACAGACAUCCUGAUCACGCACACACCUCCGUAUGCCCACCGCGACCUCGGCCCGGCCUUCAGCAUCGGCUGCCCCUUCCUGCUCGCCGAAGUCUGGCGUGUGCGUCCCAAACUGCACGUCUUCGGCCACGUGCAUUUCGCAUACGGCGCGGAACCAGUGUACUGGGACGAAGCGCAGAAGGCGUGGGAGAGGCUGUCCACGCGAUGCUCGCGGCGGCGCUCGAGAUGGGGGUUUCUAUAUGACUUUUUUACGCCGCGUAAUUGGUUCGAUGCGCUUAGGGUUCUGGUUUAUGGUGUCACGGGCAUCGUUUGGUCAAGGGUUUGGGGUGGAGAGUCGAAUCGUGGGAGUGGCUGGAUGGUGAAUGCUGCGGCCAUGUAUAAGGAUUCCGGGGUUCUGAGGAAUCCACCGCAGGUGUUUACGCUUUGA